AUGAAUUUAACCUUUUCCAGUUUCUUGGCAUACUUUUCCUUCGGAUUCCACAUCAUUCUCAAUUCCUUCAUCAGCCCGUGUCAACUUCAUCCCCAGCCCUGUCACAUCCUGGCUCGGAUCGGACACACCGUGCGCCUGGGUGCCCUUUUGCCGUCCAGACAACCAGCCAGGGUGCGGGCUGCCCUGAACCGCGCCCUGAGCGGGCUCGCCGAAACUGGGGACAACUUUCUUCCCUACAACCUCUCCCUGGAAGUGGUGCCUCGAGAACCGACGGACGGAGACCCGGAGUCCCUGUUUCGGAGUGUGUGUCAGGCUAUAGUGGUACAAGGGGUCUCCGCUGUGCUCGCCUUCCCCCAGACCCAGGAAGAAAUUGUGCAGGUGGAAUUUAUGUCUUCUUUUUUGGAAAUCCCAUUUAUAAGCAUCAUAGAACACGGGGAACCGCUUAAAACGCAGAACCGGUUCCACCUGCAGAUGGUGACGGGCGUGCCCCCGUCGGGCCUGGCGGAGCUGCUGCUGGCGGUGCUGCGCCGUAGCGGCUGGCGCGAGGGCAUGGCCGUGCUGUGCCGCGGCUGGGAGGAGGUGGGCCUGCUGGACCUGCUGGGCCCCAUCGGCGCCCCCGAGUGGCCGAGCGGAGACACGCCGUGGCACCUGCGCGCCGCGCUGGACCUGUCCCACAUGGCCUCCCCGUCAGACGAGGCCGUCUCGGACUUCCUGUCGCGGCACCUGCUGCUGGAGGACCCCUCGCCGCCGGCGUCGGUACUGCUGUUCGGGUCGGACCCGCAGUGCGCCGCCUCCGUGCUGCGUGCCGCCCACGAGCUGGGGCUGGCGCUGCCCGCCGUGCACUGGAUCAUGGGAUACCCGCUGAGCCCGGACAUGCUGCACACCAUCGGGCUGCCGCUGGGGCUGCUGGCGUACGGCGAGGUGGACCGCAAGCCACUCGACUACUACAUCCGCGACGCGCUGCAGCUCGUCAACAGGGCCGUCGCCGCGGCAACCGUGGUGCGGCCCGACCUGGCGCUGAUCCAGAACAUGGUGAACUGCUACGACAAGCCCAACAAGCACGAGCUGCCCUCGUCCGGGCAGUACCUGGCACGGUUCCUGUUCAACACGACCUUCACAGGCCUGACGGGCCCGGUGAGCGUGCAGCUGAACACGUCGCGCGUGGUGACGUCGCAGCGCGUGCACGUGUGGAGCCUGCGGCGCGACGCGGUCGGACAGCCCACCUGGGUAACGGUGGGCAGCUGGGAGCGCGGCGAGCUGGACGUCGAGGAGCAGGGCCUGUGGCAGGGCUCGUCGCCGAGGCAACGCGCCGAGGCUCAGCGGACGGGCCGCGAGGGGAGUGGACGGGCCCGGUGGCGCGCGGGCAUGCCAGCGGCCGGCAACCGUGUCCGGGUGGUGACGCUUGUGGAGCACCCCUUCGUGUUCACGCGCGAGGUGGAUGACGAGGGGAACUGCCCCGCGGGCCAGUACUGCCUGGACGCCGCGACCAACAGCACGGAGGCGCUGGACCGCUACUUCAAGGAGCGCGGCGCGCUGGGCGGCGGCAACCGCAGCUUCGUGCCCGCCGAGUACGGCAAGUGUUGCUACGGCUACUGCAUCGACCUGCUGGAGAAGCUGGCCGAGGACCUGCGCUUCGACUUCGACCUGUACAUCGUCGGCGACGGCAAGUACGGCGCCUGGAAGGGCGGGCGCUGGACGGGGCUCGUCGGCGACCUGCUGAGCGGCGUGGCCGACAUGGCGGUGACGUCGUUCAGCAUCAACUCGGCGCGCAGCCGCGUCAUCGACUUCACCAGCCCCUUCUUCUCCACGAGCCUGGGGAUCCUGGUGCGCACCAAGGACACGGCCGCCCCCAUCGGGGCCUUCAUGUGGCCCCUGCACUGGUCCAUGUGGGUGGGCAUCUUCGUGGCUCUGCACAUCACCGCGCUCUUCCUCACGCUGUACGAGUGGAAGAGCCCGUUUGGCAUGACGCCGCGCGGACGCAACCGCACGCGCGUCUUCUCCUACUCCUCGGCGCUCAACCUGUGCUACGCCAUCCUGUUCGGACGCACCAUCUCCAGCAAGACGCCCAAGUGCUGGACGGGCCGCUUCCUCAUGAACCUCUGGGCCAUCUUCUGCCUCCUGGUGCUGUCCAGCUACACGGCCAACCUGGCCGCCGUCAUGGUCGGGGAGAAGACCUUCGAGGAGGUGUCGGGGAUUCACGAUGCCAAGCUGCACCACCCGUCCCAUGGGUUCCGCUUCGGCACGGUGCGUGAGAGCAGUGCGGAGGACUACAUGAAGAAGAGCUUCCCCGAGAUGCACGAGUACAUGCGGCGCUUCAACGAGCCCACCACGCCAGACGGGGUCGCCACUCUCAAGACAGAUCCUCCACAGUUGGAUGCCUUCAUUAUGGACAAGGCUCUCCUGGACUACGAGGUCUCCAUCGACGCAGACUGCAAACUGCUGACCGUGGGCAAGCCCUUCGCCAUCGAGGGUUACGGGAUUGGCCUUCCACAGAACUCUCCUCUCACCUCCAACAUCUCGGAGUUCAUCAGCCGCUACAAGUCCGACGGCUACAUGGACAUGCUGCACGACAAAUGGUACAAGGUGGUGCCCUGUGGCAAGAGGGUCUUCGCCGUCACCGAGACUCUUCAGAUGGGCAUCCGUCACUUCUCAGGUCUGUUUGUGCUGCUGUGUGUGGGUGUGACGGGAGCGCUGCUAACGCUAGCUGCUGAGCAUGCCUUCUAUCGUCUGGUGGUGCCGCACAUCCGACGCAAGCAGAAGUACAAGUACUGGCUGCACACUAGCCAGAAAAUCCACAGAGCGUUGAACAUGACAUAUGAGGAUGUCAAGAAGCAACAUGCAAAUGUGGAGAAAAGCUGUAACCUGCAGGGCUCCCAGCAGCCCCCAGGGGGAGAAGGAGGCGCAUCAGGAGGAGGAUCGGGAUCGGGAGGAGGUGCCCCCUCCGCAGGGGCGUUCUCGCGCUGGAACAACGAGAGCAGCCGCGCGGCCAAGCAGGCAGCCGAGGCCCUGGCCAAUAAGGACAACAAGCGCGUCAGCUUCAACCUGGAGACACUCAACACACGCAAGCUGCUGGCACGAGGAGGAGGAGGAGGAAGAGGAGGUGCUGGAGGAGGACUAGGACGUGGAAGGGGGUUCGGACUCGGAGGCAGAGUGGUGACGUCGCACGCGUGCGAGAACGGCGGGCCGGCGACCAUCAGCGGCGCCGGUGGCGGCGGAGGUGGCAGUUUGGGUCAUCACCACGGCGGCCUCUCCAUCCCCCUCCCCCUCCCCCGCUCCGUCGCCGUCAACCUCGGGCCUGCCCCCUCCCUGGCACAGGUGGUGCUGGCGGCGGCGAAAGUCAAGGCGGCAAAGGAAGGCACCGCUGGAGGAGGAGGAGGAGCAUCACCGCCCUCCUCCUCAGCAGGGGGCAGCAUAGCGCCGCCACGGGAGGGAGAGAUGGAGGAGCUGACGCAGCAGAUCGACGCGAUUCGCGAGCAGCUGAAGGUGGCCCUGGCCCGGAGAGCCGAACUGCAGAACACGCUGGCCAAGGAGAGGGCGAACGCAGCCGCCAUGGCCCCCACGGGGUCCCUCCCUCUCGCCGUACCCUUACCCUCCUCAUCCUCCACCUCCUCCUCCAUCUCCUCCGCCAACAAGGCCUUGGCCGCUUCUAAUGCCUCCCGACUGCUCCAAGCCUUCAAAGAGAGCAAGGGAAAGAGGUGA